GGCAGCCUGCACCACCCGCACACGGACGCUCAGAGCCACCUUCUGUUCCCGGGCAUCCACGACCAGCACGGCCCCCACGCCUCCCAAAACGUCCUCAACGGGCAGAUGCGCCUGGGCUUGCCGGGGGAGGUGUUCGCCCGGUCGGAUCAGUACCGCCAGGUCUCCAGCCCCAGGACUGACCCUUACUCAGCGGCUCAGCUGCACAACCAGUACGGCCCCAUGAAUAUGAAUAUGGGCAUGAACAUGGCAGCCCACCACCACCACCACCCAGGUGCCUUUUUCCGCUACAUGCGGCAGCAGUGCAUCAAGCAAGAGCUCAUCUGCAAGUGGAUCGACCCCGAGCAGCUGAACAACCCCAAAAAAAGUUGCAAUAAAACUUUCAGCACCAUGCACGAAUUGGUCACCCACGUCUCGGUGGAGCACGUUGGGGGACCCGAGCAGAGCAACCAUGUCUGCUACUGGGAGGAGUGUCCCCGGGAAGGCAAGCCCUUCAAAGCGAAAUACAAACUGGUCAAUCAUAUCCGAGUGCACACGGGCGAGAAACCCUUCCCCUGCCCCUUCCCCGGCUGCGGAAAAGUUUUCGCCAGAUCAGAAAACCUCAAAAUUCACAAAAGGACGCACACAG